UAACGUGAUGAUGUCACAUGGCACAGUUAGUUUUUCAUGGAAACCUCCAUGUGUCAUAUAUUCCAUAUAUGACACAUGGAGGGGCAGUCAACUCAUGGGGCCCCCGGGCAAUAGGGGAUCAUGGGGCCCCUGUGUCCUUGCCCAAACUCACAAAAGCCUAAGAAAAAGGUACCAGAGGCAUCUCAUGGGGCCCCCUACUGACCCCAGGCCCUCGGGCAGUGCUCGAGUUUCCAAAUGGUCAGUCCACCCCUGCUCU